CAAAAAUCGUCGCCCUAGAAACGUCAAAGUGUGAACGGAACCCCUGCCCUGGACCCUCAUCCCGCGUUUUUCAAAAUUGAAACCAACCAAAGACACGACACCAACCAACGCGUGAACGACAUCUCCUGACUGGCAUUAUUUGCUUAACCGCGUCCACUCUUAUAACCGCCCUCGGCUCUUCCCAACCGCUCGCGUCCACCAUGGUCUCGUUUAGCUGCGAAGGCUGCGGCGACGUCCUGACGAAGAAAAAGCUCUCGACGCACUACAAUCGAUGCUGGGCUCCCGUUACUUGCCUGGAUUGCAUGACAACAUUCGCAGACGGCGCUUUCCAAAGCCAUACGUCCUGUGUGAGCGAGGCGCAAAAGUACCAGGGAAAUCUCUACCGAGACAAGGACAACAACAAGGGCAAUAAGAGCAACAAGGGUGAGAAGCGCAAAUCCGUGAACGGAAACAGCCAGGCCAUGAUACCCAGAAGCGCAUACGUGGAAGAUGCGCAGGAGGGGGACGAGUCGAAUGCCGUAGCUGUGAUCGAUGUGCCUCCCCGAGCGCCGACUCCCCCACCUGCUCCUGAGUCUGCCGCUGAACUCGAGGGAAUCAACGUGUUUGACUUCUUGGUCAGCGAUGCGACGCCCAGAGCCGCCCAUCUAGGCGCACCAGACGAGCGGAAGAUGCUAGAACAGACCACCCCGUACGGCAAUGGCGGCGACUCACAAUACUCGCAAUAUUCGCAAUACUCGAAUGGAGAUGGCUCGCAAUACCUGAAAUAUGGCUUCUCUUACGGCAAUGCGCCUCUCCCCGCCACGAUGGAGCGCUACGAUUCUUACAACAACCUUACCGAGUCCCAGCAAUUUUUCACGACGCCUGCGAACAAGGAGCACAGGAAGCAGAAGAAGGACCGAGGCACAGUGGAAAAGAGCGACAAGAAGCGGAAGCGCAACGUGGAGGAAUUGGAUCUGUCAAGUGCGAAGAGACCGGUGUCUCGAGGCGAUCACAGCAUGCUUGAUGCGCCUCCCUCUACCGGAGGUCGGACCCUUCACUCGGGCUUGACGGGUGGUCUACAGCGUCUCGUCACGGACCCAGUGUACUAUGAGGACGAUCGCAUCGACGCAGGACCCACCCCCAUCAGCCCCAUCAAGCGAAGCAAACGCGAGAAAGAGCGCGACGAUCGCAAGAGCACCAAGGACGAACGUCGGAAAUCCUCACAUGUCUCAUAUGCGAGCACAAAGGAGCCCUCUGGUAAAGAGGAGAGAAACCAACGAUCGAGGAGUCCAGAAUACACGAGGCGGCAAGAGAAGCACGAACGCUCCGACAGACACGAGAAGCACCGCCGAAGCCAGCGCGACGACUCCAUGUCCUCGUUGGACCGCUCCCAUGCCAGCAGCCGAAGAAGCAAAGCGAUCGAGUAUCUCGAUCGGCCCAGUUCCGUUCAACCCGUUGCGAACAAUGCUGUCAUGUCGUAUAGCGACCGAGCGGAAAUGUUCUUAUCGUUUGUCAACAAAGGUCCAGAAAGCCAGCACGGCUUGUCCAUGAACAAGGUGCUGAAGCGAUAUCAUCGAGAGCGCGAUUUAUUACGCAGUGACGAGAAGGAGGAAGAAGACAAAGAGCUGUGGAAAUCUUUGCGUCUGCGACGCAAUUCUCGUGGAGAGAUUGUGCUGUUCAUGUAGCGAAGCUGGUGAACCUUGAAUGUUCUUCACGUAUGAGUAAGGUAAUGAAUGACUGUCUACCUCAAUGGACGAAUUUGUCUAUCCAGGAGGAACAACAGCACACGACAGCGUCCGGAUGUUUUGAUGAGUUUAUUGUUUUACGCUGAAGCGCGACAUGAUGAUCAGGGACGUAAGGUACUCUCGUAAUCUUUUUCAUUUAUUGCGGUAUUAGUACCUACCUUACCUUACCUUAUGGUACAAUGCAAC